ACGAUUGCUUUUUCACCUUAGCUAAUUGUAAUCACUGCUAGGAUAUUAAGUUCAGACAUUUAUAGAUUCCAGUCCAUCUUUACACAUAAUAUUCGAUACUAUUUUCCCUCCAAGUAACGGCCUAAAUAAGUCACGAGAUAAACGUCAAACAAGGACUCACUUUAAAUAGGUCCGCAUAAUGUUUAACCGGUAUUCGCAAAGCAAUGGGCCAGCGCAGUGGAUCCUUCGUUUCAGCACGAAGUUUUACAAUGCGAAUCUUUAGGCGUUGAUAUGUAAUCAACAGUAAUUGCUACUGAAAAGCAAAACAGUCUUGCUUUUGCUGCAUGGACCUCUGGAAGAAAAUGACUUUCUGGGUCACUAGAAAGGUGAACUUUUUAAAAAUUCAAUUUUGUUUUUUUUAUUGUUGUACUUAUACGUAGGAAGGCCUUCAGCAGACUCAUGACAAUAACAGCUUUCAUUGAACCACUGAAUCUAUGAAUAAAUAUAGGGUUCACUUCCCAAACACUUACUUUGCAUUGACAUUCUCUAGGUCAAAAUCUGGAAGAUCAAAAGUCGCAGCACUUGUGUGGGCAGUUAAAAAAAGAGGUGAAUUUUAAUCGGGUUUGUUCAUCAAUAACUCUUUGGCAUUGACCUGUCUGAACGAGUCGAGCAGUAAGGUGAAAUACAGGUCACAGCGUCUAACAAAUAUUAAAAUGCGUAGUACCAAUCAGCUUCACAAUGUGCGAUAAUUUGAACUGUAAGGAGAAUUGGUUUUCGAAUUAUCGGCUGUUGCAACGAUAUCUGGGAUUUUCUUUGCAAAAAGGCUUUUAAAAGCAGUAUUCACUGCUGGUGUAUUCGUUGGCGUCACUGGUUGUGGAAAACAGUUUAGCUCUUUUCUUUCCUAACGCAUUGGGGUAAACGAAAAACAAUCACAGCUCUGUUAUUCUUUUUGUUGUCUAACGGGAUGCUUCCUUUGUCACCCUGCGUACACUGGAUUGCCGGCCGUUUCUCCAAGUUCCCUCGCUAUUGUCACGUUGCUAUCCGGAGAAAACAACAACCAAAGAUACAAAGACACAGAAUGCAUUCGCUAGCUUUGAUUUAUUUGAAAAAAAAGCAAGGAAUGGUGAAAAUUCUCUUUUGACAAAAGAGCAAAUUACCUGAGCAAUAUUCGAGCGCUCAGUGAGUGGUCAUUAUUCUCUCCAAAUGGAAACCACUAUUGCAUGCAUUCCCCGGAAUCUAUUUCAAAUACUUAGUGACUGCUGGAAAAAAAAAUCAAAGACGUUGCAGUUUAUAAUUUAUUUUUAUAUCAAGGUUUUCUGGACGAAGUUUGUAAAAAAUUGUCAUUAGCUGUUUCCUUAUCCGGGAAUCGGGCCCGACCUCGCCAUUGGCUCGUACAGUCACAUGGGUGACUAACUUUAUUCAGUUGACAGCAAGUAGGAGGGCUUUAUGGAACGGGAAAAAAGACAACUCGAGAAAAAUUAGUAUUUUCCACCUUCAGAAAUUAAUGACCAUGAGUUCGUAUUUGAUGAACACUAAAUAUGUGGAUCCCAAAUUUCCUCCUUGCGAGGAAUAUUCGCAAAAUAACUACAUACCUGACCACUGCCCAGAGUAUUACAGUCAGUCGCAGGAUUCUGAUUUUCAGCACCAAGGAAUCUAUCCACGGUCAAACUACAGCGGCCAGUCGUACAGCUGCAGCAACGCUCGGGGCUCUCCAGUGCAGCAGAGGGGUCAUGUGCAGGCACAGCCCGCUCCUCAGAGCCACCUCACAGGGCAGGAGGAGCCAGUUGCACCGCUCCAAGUAUCCAUAGGCCGGCCCUGCAGCCAGCAGCAACAUAAUCCAAAGAACCAAAACGGUGCAGCUACCAAACAGCCAGCAGUGGUUUAUCCUUGGAUGAAGAAAAUCCAUGUUAACACGGUGAACCCUAAUUUUACAGGAGGAGAGCCAAAACGUUCACGAACUGCCUACACAAGGCAGCAGGUUUUAGAACUCGAAAAGGAAUUCCAUUUUAACAGGUAUCUGACAAGACGACGUCGUAUUGAAAUAGCCCACACUUUGUGUCUUUCCGAACGCCAGAUCAAAAUUUGGUUUCAAAACAGAAGAAUGAAGUGGAAAAAAGAUCACAAACUGCCUAACACAAAGACCAGGUCCUCUGGUUCUUCUGCUUCCAAUCAACAGUUACAAACUGUUUCCAAGGACCAACAAACAGACCUCACAAGUUUAUAGAAGGACAUCUUAUAAGUGGCUCCUUAAGUGUAUAUAAUGAGACAUUUCCAGGCAGAAAUUGCAUGUACCGAUAACAUGGCUUGUAGGUGCUUUCCUGCUGGUUUUUAAUGGCAUUGAAGGGACUUUGUCUUGUGCCUCACUUUUGGUCUGAAAUGUAGCAAAUGAAACAAAAAGGGAAAAGUCACCCUGGCUGCAGCUGAAAUCAUUGCGACUCAAGUCAGUGGCUAUUCUUAUUAUACAACACAACUUAGUAACCGUAACAAGUGCGAGGCACUAAGUCGUGAAGACAUGGUGAGGUGUACACAUCAGGAAGGUACAUGUGUAGUCUGCUAGCAUGAAAAUCAAAGGCUGCGACGCUUGUUCAUCGUCUUUUUUUUUACCUUAAAACGAAGACCCAGCGAUUUGUUGUGGCAAUUUGUGAUUUCCACAACUAUUUUUGCUUGUAAUGUGUAUUUUUGCGAUUCCAUCUCUUUGUGUAUAUUGUGUUGAUAUUCGAGAUUUAUAGUGAUCAAAAAUUAGACAGUGUUUUGUGGUUUCUUUAUUUAAAAUGAGAAAAUGGUAUUUGUAAUUGUGCUGCUGGAUGGAUUAUUGUUACAAGCCUACAAUGCAAGAUUGCUACAUUUUUAUGUUCAAGAACGAUACCAAAAUUAGUACGUGCUACUAAAAUUCAAAAUAAAUUUAGUAGUAAUAAGCUGAA